AACAUUUGUGUAUAUAUACAUAUCAAAAUUAUGCAAACUAGCCCAAACUUUAAAUUUGGGUGGAAUUCCGGCCCCACUAUAGCUCUUCCGUGGACUUAAAUGACACGUAACAAGUAUGAUCUCACACAUGAAAAUUCCCUGAGAACUACCGAGAGUCGGUCAGUCACCAAAAACGGCAAAACGCCAGCGCUUGAUUCCAAGUCCCCAUUUACUUCCACCCUAGGAAGUUGCACAGAGUGGCCUCUGAACCUCCCUAGAAAACUCUCUCUCUCUCUCUCUCUCUCUCUCUCUCUCUCUCCUUCAAUAUAUAGAGGCAUGUCACUUGCCAGAAUUUGACACAUCAAGAUUUGGCCAGACCCAUUUUUACAAUGGAACUCACAGUCAUAUCAGCGGAAGACCUGAAGCCAAAAUCCUCUGCUCUCUUCCCCCGCCAGCUCAGGCCCUUUGUCACCCUCACCCUUCCAUCAACCAACGGCGAUAAGCCCGUCCACGUGUACCAAACAACGGUGGAUGAAGCCGGAGGCACAAACCCCAGCUGGGGUGACAAGUUCCACAUACCACUGGAUCAUAAUUCCACCUCUUCCUUUUACCAAAGACAGUACUACCACCCUCUGAUUUACCUCCAGUUGUGCACCAAAGAUCUCAUGGGUGGUCAGACCCAACUGGGGUGGUGUCAGAUUCCGGCCGCCGAUAUACUCGAUGGGUUGUCGCCGGCGGGGCACGUUCGCCGGCUGAGUUACCGGCUCCGGGCUAGAGACGGUUGCAGGGGUCAUGGGGUUGUUAACAUUGCGGUGAAAUUGGACGGUUCAGGUCCUGUAAUAAUGUGCCCUCAGAGCCAGAGACCGAGUAGUUCUGAUCGGAGACACUGGCCGGAGAUGGGUUUGGGUCAGACGGUGAUUGGGAUUCCGGUUAGACAGUUGCCGGUGGCGGAGACGCAUGGAGGGAAAGAUUACUUGUAAGUGCUCCUGGAAGAGCAUCACGUGCUGCUCUAGCCUUCUCCUCACCCCACAUUGACGUGGGCUCGCUACAAAAAGUGCGACCUCAUGAUAAUGUGUCGGAGAUCUCCGAGCAACAGUGCUCCGGGACUAUGAGUCAAGGACAGUUGGUGUUAGUUGUAAAUAGCAGAAGGUGGGCCAGGAGGAUUGAUUAACGAAAUCGACGUCUUGGAUUUUUCCAAUCAUUUGGAUUUGUAGUAGCGCCUACUAGAGUGAAGUGUCCAAUUUUGUUGUUCACGGAUCUGGCAAAUUAGCGCCUGCUAGAGAAGUGAAGUGUCCAAUUAUUUGUAACUUCUUUUUCUUUUUCGUUUUGUAUGUUUAUUUUUUUUUGAAUUUUUGUUAAAUUUGUUUUAUA